AUGCCCGAUAGUCACGACACCAUCACUGUUACCAGCACCACCUCCAUCCCCGGCACCGACACCGUCGAAAAGGUCGUAUCCGUCGACCUCUCUGCCGAAACGCUGAACGACGCCACGACCCGCAUAAUCAACGAUGACCCUUCGUUUAUCGCGAACCAGGUUGUGAAGACUAAGGAUGAGGGGGCGGGAUAUGGGACUGUCACGUAUCGAGCUCGAGAAUGA